AUGCUGCAUCAAGCAAACGUGUGUGUGUGUGUGGUGUGUGUGUGUGUGUGUGUGUGUGUGUGUGUGUGUGUGUGUGUGUGUGUGUGUGUGUGUGUGUGUGUGUGUGUGUGUGUGUGUGUGUGUGUGUGUGUGUGUGUGUGUGUGUGUGUGUGUGUGUGUGUGUGUGUGUGUGUGUGUGUGUGUGUGAGUCAAGUUUCUUUUGUUUCCAUUUGUCGUCUGACUUUCUGUUCUCUCUCUCUCUCUCUCUUUCGCUCGCGUGCAUUUUUGAAAGUGACUCAAAGAGAGGGCAGCAGGGAUCAGUGCUUCGUCUUGGAUCAAGAGGAGGGAAACCUCAACGGGCUCUUCGCCCAAUUGGAGGCUUUGGAGGGUGUGAGCCCGUUGAGCAAGCCCUUUGAUCCAGCGAGCGAUGAGCACGGCCUAUUCAAGUUGGAAACGCCCGCCAUCCCUGUACUCAGCCACCAUUUCCUGGACUCGGCCGACGCCAAGCGUUGGCGUCUACGCUUUGUGGGCUUUCGAAACAAUACACAGCAAAUCAUCCUGACAGCCGACAUUGAGCUCAAGGACCACAACGUCAAAACCACCGGCAUCUUCUUGUACAACCCCGAAGAUGCAUGUCCCCUUCAGCACAUCCAUAAUGCCACCGUGAACCCCACGGAAACGGUAGUCUGCUACACCACGCGGCACGAAGCUGCCUCGGGCACAGAGCACACCACCGCUCACGGAAGCAAGCAUCAUCUUUGGCUCGCAGGCCUACGACAGGACGCCUUCAACAUUGAGUUUCAAGAACUGGCAGAUGCUUCGGCUCUCUGCUCCACGGCCGCCACACAACAUGUCUUCUUCUUGGAAAGCCCCAAUCCUCGCCUGGCGCGCCUAGUGGUGGUGCGCGUGCGCAAUCUCACCUACGACGCCGACCACUCCAAGGAUCAGUGGCCCGCGCUCAUCUCCUACAACAUCUGCAUAGCAGAGGCCGAGGCCGGCGUGUACAAGGUUGACAUGGAGCACACCCACCAAAUAUCAUCCUACUCACCCUUGAUCUACUGGUUCCAGUAUGAUGAGAUGGCACAGCGCUUUCACGUCCUAUGCCAUGAUGAAAGCUCGCCCUCGCGGCUCAGCUACGCGACGCUCGGCUUGCGCCAGGGCGUCUUCACCCGCCUCAUCAGCGCCCACCUUCCAGAGCAGUGCCUACCGGAUGUAGUCCAACAAACUUUUGAAGUGGGCCGUUUUUUGGACGUGCCCCUGGCCGAUGGCUGCCACUACGAGUCACUCAACCUCCGCGCCAUUGAGCUUGGAGACGGGGCUGCCUGCCUCUGCUUGCAGACGGUCCCUCAAUUCGACGACGUUGGCGGCGAUACUGUCUUCCUCGAGCCCAUAUCUUACUCCAUCUUGGCCUUUCACUGGUCUUGCAGCCUCACCCAAUCGGUGAGCCAGCCGCCCGUGGCAUCAGCCCCACUGGCCUUGCUAGCCGCUCCGGAAACCAAUGGCGAACACAGCCUGUGUAUCCAGCCACGCCUGGCUUUCUUCCCCAUUCUGUUGUUGAACAUGGCCGACGGUCCCUUGAUGAAAACAGCCAUUGAUAUGCUAGCACUUCAGGAGUUGGUUGAGAGUCCGGCGCCCGACGACGUGCGCGCUGCAGCCGUGCACUUUCUGCUGGUGCACAUGGGCCGAGAACGCCUGGUACUCGAUGCGAUUACGGAGUUGCGGGAAAAUGGACCUAGCCUGCUGAACGUGCGCGUAAUCCAAGAGGUGUUGCUCGGUACAACGUACAAUAGCGUGUCUCGCUACAAAAGCGCAAAGCGUCUGCUGGCCAUUCUUCCACUCUCUGGCCUGAAUGAUUGCCUUUCCGAUCAGGAUGUGGAGUAUCAAAAGCACGCAUUUGCCGUCCGAUAUGACAGCGAUUUUGAGGCUUCUCUCGACAUGUACUUUAAAGACCCGCAUCGCACAAAGCGUGUGGACUUUGCUAAGUUGGCGCAAUCGCGAGCCCAACGCCAAACCUCGGCGCCCUUGGUCCGGCAUGCCAAGACAGCAUCUGCUAGCAGCGAGCAAAACUCUUCAUCGCCGAUCUCCGAAUUUUUCCGCUCCUUUUCGACUAAUCGCCGCGCUGCAAGUCAUGCAAGUACACCGACUCCAGGCAGCCAACGCCACACUCAUGCAUUCACCGCUCUACAGACGAGCGCCACGGAGAAGCGCUCUGCUCUCAAACAUGCUCAGGCCGCAACAGCGCAUCGCAGUCGCCCAGAGCAUUGGUAUGCAAACGCAAUAUUGUCCAUGAUCAAGUCGGACAAUCAAGAUACACACAUGCGUGUGGCAUUGGAAUAUGAGGAAGCCCUUUUGCUCAAGACUUCCGCGGUCAUGGAUAUCUUUGUCAGCGACGAGUUCAUCAACGGACUAUCGGGCGAGCCGCUAGAUCCUGUGCACGUGGGCAUUGCUUUCGAGUCGUUGGAAAAGAUGUACUUUGUGCUCCAGCGUCUGCAGUUUCCAUUUCCAGCUCGAUUUCGGGAAAAACUUCUUUUGCUCGGCCACCGCUGCUUACCCAAGGACCUCUUUGUCCAGUACAUCGAAGCAGGCGUGCUACAAAUGAGCAAGGAAUUUGUGUUGGCCCGCUUGCACGAAAGCCUGCACAGUCAAAGGCACAGUGAUCACGUGUACAAUCUGGGUCUUUUGUAUCGCUGCGGCCUCUUCAAGGAAAUUCCCCUCGAUGUGCUUGAGCAGUUUCUGCUGCCCGAAAUGCAGCGCCUUUUGCUUCAGCGCAAGAUGGGCCCCUAUGUGGGCCGUUAUUCACUGCAGGUUGAAGUCAGCGACUUUUCGCAGGGUAGUACAGACCCCAAGCAAGAGCAGUAUACCGCGGUGGUGUCUCUUCUGCUUUUCCUGUACAAUCAACAACAGCAGAGUGCGCUUAAUCACGGCAGUCAACGGACGGCAAGCGACGAUGCCUUGCUGAACCUGGUGAAAAACACAUCCCUGCCCAACUCAGACCUUGUCGAGAUUCCUUUGCGCGACCUCAUCAGUUCCGCGCAUGAACAUAAAUUGGGUUGA